CACCGGCGCGCCGUGCCGCAGCGCUCGGGGCCGGGCCGGGUGCAGCUGCGGCGUCGGCGUCCCGAGCAGGCCGCGGGAGAGCGACGGCGUUGGAGUGGGCACCACCCAGCUUUGGUCCUGCUGGGACUUUGUCUCCGGCCGCUCGUGUUGAAGGAAGCAUUGCCUGGGGACCAGAACCAAAAUAAAAACUAAGCAAAGGGCCAGACAGAAACCGUCUGCGCCCGUCAAGACACCCUCAGACGUGCUCUGCCAUGGACGCAGAAGACGAGGAGAACAUGAGUUCCAGCAGCGCAGACGUUAAGGAAAGCCGCCACCUGGACAGCGUGCCCCCCAGGGAUGGCGGUGCACCUGGGCCCAGCGAGGGGACCCAGCUCUCCAACGGGGGCGGCGGGGGCGCCAGCAGGAAGCGGCCCCUGGAGGAUGGCAGCAACGGCCACUCCAAGUACCGCCUGAAGAAGCGGAGGAAAAUGCCGGGGCCCGUCUUGCCCAAGAACGCCCUGAUGCAGCUGAACGAGAUUAAGCCCGGCCUGCAGUACACGCUGCUGUCGCAGACGGGGCCUGUGCACGCGCCGCUCUUUGUCAUGUCUGUGGAGGUGAACGGGCAGGCGUUCGAGGGCUCCGGCCCCACCAAGAAAAAGGCAAAGCUGCACGCCGCCGAGAAGGCCCUGAGGUCUUUCGUCCAGUUUCCCAAUGCCUCCGAAGCCCACCUGGCCAUGGGGAGGACCCUGUCUGUGAACACAGACUUUACAUCUGACCAGGCCGACUUUCCUGACACUCUCUUCAACGGCUUCGAGACGUCCGACAGGGUGGAGCCGCCCUUCUACGUGGGAUCCAACGGUGACGACUCCUUCAGCUCCAGCGGGGACCUCAGCCUGUCGGCCUCCCCGGUGCCCGCAGGCCUGGCCCAGCCCCCGCUUCCUGUCCUGCCGCCGUUCCCACCACCGAGCGGGAAGAACCCCGUGAUGAUCCUCAAUGAGCUGCGCCCGGGUCUGAAGUAUGACUUCCUGUCGGAGAGCGGUGAGAGCCAUGCCAAGAGCUUCGUCAUGUCUGUGGUCGUGGAUGGCCAGUUCUUCGAAGGCUCGGGAAGGAACAAGAAGCUGGCCAAGGCCCGGGCGGCACAGUCUGCCCUGGCCACUGUCUUCAAUCUGCACUUGGAUCAGACGCCAUCUCGCCAGCCUAUCCCCAGCGAGGGUCUGCAGUUGCACCUGCCACAGGUGUUAGCGGACGCCGUCUCCCGCCUGGUCCUGGGUAAGUUUGGUGACCUGACCGACAGCUUCUCCUCCCCUCAUGCCCGCAGGAAGGUGCUCGCCGGGGUCGUCAUGACGACAGGAACAGACGUCAAAGAUGCCAAGGUGAUAAGCGUGUCUACAGGAACGAAGUGCAUCAACGGUGAAUACAUGAGCGACCGCGGCCUGGCGCUCAACGACUGCCACGCCGAGAUAAUAUCGCGGAGGUCCCUGCUCCGAUUCCUCUACACGCAGCUAGAGCUCUACCUAAACAGCAAAGACGAUCAGAAGAAGUCCAUCUUCCAGAAGUCGGAGCGGGGCGGGCUGAGGCUCAAGGAGAACGUGCAGUUCCACCUGUACAUCAGCACCUCCCCCUGUGGCGACGCCAGAAUCUUCUCACCCCAUGAGCCAAUCCUGGAGGGUAGGGCUGGCUGCGCAGCACCGGGUGCACAGGAGCGCUGGGCCGAUGCAAUGGCGGAACCAGCAGACAGGCAUCCAAACCGCAAGGCAAGAGGACAGCUGCGGACGAAGAUCGAGUCUGGCGAGGGGACGAUCCCCGUGCGCUCGAACGCGAGCAUCCAGACGUGGGACGGCGUGCUGCAGGGCGAGCGGCUGCUCACCAUGUCCUGCAGCGACAAGAUAGCACGCUGGAACGUGGUGGGCAUCCAGGGGGCGCUGCUCAGCAUCUUCGUGGAGCCCAUCUACUUCUCGAGCAUCAUCCUGGGCAGCCUGUACCACGGGGACCACCUCUCCAGAGCCAUGUACCAGAGGCUGUCCAACAUCGAGGACCUACCCCCACUCUACACCCUCAACAAGCCCCUGCUCAGCGGCAUCAGCAAUGCGGAAGCGCGGCAGCCGGGGAAGGCACCCAACUUCAGCGUCAACUGGACAGUGGGCGAUUCGGCCAUCGAGGUCAUCAACGCCACGACGGGCAAGGACGAGCUGGGCCGUGCAUCGCGCCUGUGUAAGCGCGCGUUGUUCUGUCGCUGGACGCGCGUGCAUGGCAAGGCACCACCCCACCUACUGCGCGCCAAGAUCACCAAGCCCAACAUGUACCACGAGUCCAAGCUGGCGGCGAGGGAGUACCAGGCCGCCAAGGCGCGUCUCUUCACCGCCUUCAUCAAGGCGGGGCUAGGCGCCUGGGUGGAAAAGCCCACGGAGCAGGACCAGUUCUCACUCACGCCCUGAGUGAGGAGCAGCCGGUGCCCAGCCCGCCCCCCACAGCCUCUCGCCUGGACUGGGGGCAGGCGCUCAGCUCGGGGAGGGUGUGGGGGGCACGGGGACCCCCGGGGUCUCCGGCACCAUCCCCUGCAUCCCACACCCUGGCCAGGAAGGGCACGGGCUCGUGGGGGUGCCGGGCAUCCCCGGGCCCCUCUCAGCCACGCAUUCCUCCCCCAAGGACCCGGCGCCCACACCUGAUCCCGGUUUACGUUUAGAAACUGAGUUCUACUGAGUAGGGCUUCCGUAAGUUUAGGAAAAUAGAAAUUACUUUGUGUGAAAUUCUGGAAUAAAUAAUUUAUUCAGAGCUAGGAACGUGGUUUAUAAAAUAAGAAGUAAUUAUGUCAGAUCACUUUAUGCCACAUAAUUCUAACUGCAAAUCUGCAACCUGCGUGGAGGAGGUGAGGUGAUGGAGGGCGAGGCAGCGAGCGGCGCACACAGCCCCUGGGUCUCUCCUCAGUGCUUCCGCAGGGGGCUGCCGUCGGUCCCAGCAAGCUGUCCCAGAGGCCACCCCGGCCUCCCCUGGAAGCUCCGGAAACAGAGCAGGUAGUGUUCCCCGGUCGACCUCAAGUCCGCAGAGAGAAAACGGGUGCAGCACCGAAGGUUUGGCAGCAUUCAACCUGUGCACCAGAAGCAGCCAGCAGCGGCCCUGCCCCAAGGCUUGUGGACGCGACGGCUGCCCAGGGACCAGCUGGACGGAAGGAAGCAGGGCUCAGCCUGCGGGCCUGCACUCCCUCAGCCAGGCUGAGCCAGGCCGGACCAGGUCUGAUGGAUCAGCAGGGGUGGGGGGAGCCCAAGGAGGUUGCUCAGCUCCGCUCGCUCGGCGCACAGGACAGCCCCAUGGCAGGGGGAGCCAGCCAGGAGGUCAGGACCCUGUGGCCUGUGCUCGGAGAUUGCCCCAGGUGCCUUGUUCUCACUCAGGACCAGAGAGGAGCCAGCAACAAGCGCCCUCCACCCCCAGUGCCAUCCUUGUGGUUCUGGGGGUCUCUCUGAGGGGAUCUCAGGGGGCUAUGGGCCGGGAUGGGUCCACAGCACACACGCGCACAGCAGAGACCAGGGCACCUGUCCCCAGGUGUACAUCCAGGUAUCAGAGACAGGACAAAGCAGAGGAGACAUGCGGCCGCUGUCACCCAUCAGGUCCUGGGGGUGCACGCAGUGACAGAGUAGGUUGCUUCCCUGGUGGGGCCUGAGCCCUGGUCUGCACAUCCUCACGUGGCAGGAAGGGCCCUGCCUGUAGACCCGUCCGUGGGUCUGGGUGACAGCCAGCGUCUGUCUCCUGCGCCCGCAGAAAGAAGGGGUCUGCCGGUGUUGCUGUCCACUCCCAGGCCCCUGCACACUCGGGAGGAGCACCUGUGGGUCUGGGCUGUGUUGUUCUUGUCUCUAUAAAUUGUAUUUUUUCUAACGGGGAUUGGGAGAGACUUAGUUUUUAAAAAAUAUGUGGAUUUUGGUUACAAAGUCCUGUGGAAACACAUUUGCUGCACAUGCAAAUUGUGCCACGGCCAUCUCCGGAGCAAGGGUGUCCCUGGUGCAGCGCCCACACGGCCACGAGACAUGGCAGGCAGGCUUCUGAGCAGGAAGAGGGUGGCGCGGGCAGAACCACAGCCUAUGUGUGUGGUCACAGCUCCACUCAGGAUGGGUCAGGACACCCAGGGAGGGCCGCAGCUCGCUCACCCUCCUGGGCACCGGGCUCCUGCUGCAGUCACCCAGCGCCCUCUGCCACUCAGACCCAUCGCAGGGAACCUGACACAAGCAGGGGAUUGAGAAAAUCUUAAACCAGGGGACAUGUUGACAAGCAGGGGAUGGGAGGGUGUCUGUCCUGCUUUGUUAGCUAAACUCGGAGCAUGAGUUCCAGAGGCGCUCUGGGCCACAGCGCUCCCUGGUGGCCAGUGUGGGGCGGGCACUCCAUGGUGGGAGCCGGGCUCUGCCGCGGUGCUCUGCGUCGAGGCAGGUGUGCGGCUCCUCCAUGCUCCCUGGCGGGUCCACCCCUCCCCACGGGCUGCCAGGGACCGGCUGAGUGCCAGUGCUGAUGCCCAGUCCCUCUGGAUUGUUCUAACAGUUAAAAUGACUGCUUUAUUUUGAAGCCGACAAGCCAACAUCUGAUAAAGCACCGGUCCUCUGGAAUUCCCUUCAUUCCCAUCCUCUCCGUGGCCUGCGGAAUGGCUGCAUUCCGCGGGGGUCCAGGCAGCUGUGCGGCCACCGCCGCCCUGUUCGCCUCGGCUGUGCUUCCAGGGUGUUUCGCUCCAGAGCCCUUGGGCGACCCAGUCACAACUCCAGGCCAGCGAGAGGCGAGAGGAGCGGACUUCCCCACCUCUGAACUUCUGGGAAACUCGAGACUCAGAAGCUUCGUUCCUGUCGGCCCCACACUGUACACGGAAGGGGCCCAGUGUCGUCUUCAGUGUGUGUCCUUGUCCCCUGCUGUGUCCCAUGACUGUCCCUGAGCCUGUGGACAUGGAGUUCCGGUGUCUGCGGAACAGGGUCGGGACACAGAGCGGCCCGCAUGGGCAGGCUGAGCGGUGCUGGCUGCCGGCCGUGAGGGGUCCAUGCACAGGCUGUCCUGCUGGCAGCACCAGCAACCCUGGCUCAGGGCCUGCAGGAGCCCCAGCAGCUGAUGGCCCGGCCCUGGUGCCCUGCGUGUCUGUACAUACCACCCCCCCUGCAUGACCUCACGCCAGGCCGCUGGCCGCGCAUGAGACGCUGGCACUGUAGACAAAGGACUGGAGAUGCUGCACAAAUAAAACGCCUCAU